CGGCAACGGCGAGGCGGAACGUUUCUCGCUCCGCGUGCUGGUUUCCUUAGAGACGGAGGCGGGCCGGGCGGCUGAGGCCAGGCGGCCACCGCAGCCCGGCCCCUGGAGAAGCCAAGAUGCCGUGGAAGGGAAAAGACAAAAGGAAAAGCAAGAGUAAAGGCAAAGUGAAGAAGAAGACAAUAAAAACAGAGGAAUCGGUGGUGGACAGAGCCAAGGCUAAUGCCUCCCUUUGGGAGGCCAGGUUGGAAGUCACAGAACUCUCUAGGAUUGAGUAUCGUGAUACUUCUCGGAGACUGGCAAAAAGUAAUGAAGAAUUAAAGAAACAGCAGUUUAAAAUGGAGAAAGACACAAUGUCUGUAUUAAGCUACCUGAAGAAGCAGGAUCAGGAGAAAGAUAAUUUGAUUGAAAAACUCAAACAGCAGUUGACUGAAACAAAGGAAAAGGCUCAAGAGGAGAAGGAAAAAUUGGAACAAAAAUAUACUGUGCAAAUAAAUGAGCUGGAAGGACACUUCCAUCAAAAAGCGAAAGAAAUCGGCAUGAUUCAGACUGAGCUGAAAACAAUAAAACAAUUCCAGAAGAGAAAAAUUCAGGUGGAGAAAGAAUUAGAUGAUCUGAAGGAGAAUUUAAGGAACACUGAGCGGAAACAUCAGGAAACUCUUAGAAGAUUGGAAAGCAGGUUUUUUGAAGAAAAGCAUCGACUGGAAAAAGAAGCUGAAAAGAAGAUAAUUAUGCUGGCAGAUAGAGCCCACCAUGAAGCCAUUGCGCAAUUGAAUGUUGCUGGAAGAAAUGUUUUUAAAGAGAAUGUUUAUCUCCAGAAAGCUCUGGCAUACCACCUGAAGGAAGCUGACACUCUCCAGAAGACCUCCCAGAAGUUGCAAGAAAAUCAUAAUUUCCUUCUACAUCAAAAGGAGGUCAAUGAUCUGCUGGUUAGGGAAAAGAUUAUGCAACUUACUCAGCAAAGAUCACAGAUACAGAGUCUUCAGAAGAAGGUGCUGAGCUUGGAGGCUGCUCUGAGUAUUAUGACCAAAGAGUUUGAGACUGAAGUUUUAAAACUGCAGCAACAAGCAGUGACAGAGAACCAGGCGGGUCAGGUAGAAAUUGACAAGCUGCAGCAACUUCUUCAGAUGAAGGACAGGGAAAUGAACCGGGUGAAGAAGCUGGCCAAGAACAUACUGGAUGAGAGAACUGAAGUGGAAGGGUUCUUUUUAGAUGCUCUACACCAAGUGAAGCAACAAAUACUAUUUAGCAGGAAGCAUUAUAAGCAGAUAGCACAGACUGCUUUCAACUUAAAAAUGAGAGCGGCAUGUGCAGGAAGAACAGAAUAUCCCAAAAUCAGAACAUUUGAUGGCAGAGAACACAGCACCAAUAGCGUGAAUCAGGACCUCAUGGAGGCUGAGAAAUGGACAAAUAUUAAAGGAAAUGUGGAUAUUGGAGAGUUGACCUGGGAGCAGAAGGAGAAAGUCUUGAGACUGCUCUUUGCAAAAAUGAAUGGCUAUGCUCCAAGGAAAUACAGCCAGAAUUCUAGGCCUCCAGUCCCAGAAUAUAUUGUUUCUGAUGGUGGCGAAACACAGGAAUUGGGGGAUGAAAGCAAGCCUCAAGAUCAAGUCUUCAUCACCCAGCAAAUUCCAGUAUCAGAGCCUUCUGAAGAAAAGGUGCUUCCCAAUAUUCCAAAAGGAUCACAAGAGUCUGACAUGGGGACCUUCUGAGAAGCACGCUGAACAUAUGACUCCACAGCAUUUGCUGGCAAUCCCUUCCUUGUAGAAUCCUUGCUCCUGAAUAUGUUCAAGAAAGUUUCUUAAAGGAAGAAAAAAUUAUUUUACUUGAAAGUUACCUGUU